AAAGGAAGUCACCCCAGCAGUCCCCCGCCCCAUUGCAGCUCAACGGGAGGUGGUCUCUGUGGGGCUGACCCCACUGCAGCUCCUCCCAAGCCAAGGGAAACUUUUUUUCCUGCUUUCUGCAAAAGAAGGAGGUUUUGAGGGGACUGAAGGCAGUUUUCAACCUCCUUGUCAGAAAUAGCCUUGCAGUGCCCUCAUGUGAAAGAGAGACAGUGGUCGCUGAAGGAGGAGGAGGAGGGAAGGGGGGAAGCAGAUCUGGCUGGAGUAUUGAGAGGAAAGUGGGGGGGCGGGGAGGAAGGCUGUUCUGGGCAGCAGGGAACAAAAAGACAGCUUUUGGGGGGAGGAAGCACUACAUUGGUCUGUGACUUGCAAAGAAAGGAACCUCCUUCCAUUCUCCAGGUGCCCUUUGGAUGUUUGGCUCCUUUCCUAUAGGGGAAAGUCCCUGUCAGGAGCUCAAAUAAACCCUUUUCCUUAGUGAAAUGCCUCCACCACUUGGGGGUGUCCUGUUUCAAGCACAGAACAAAGAUUUUGCUUUCCAAUACUUAGUGGCUUCGCAUUCAUCCAUUCGAGCAGUUCCUGCUGCAAGGACCAAUCUGUGGAUAAAACAAUUUUGGCCUUCUUGGAGGCUGCCUUUGGAGCAAGGAAUUGGAGAUGGAAAUGCAAGACUCAGAGACCAUCAAGGCUGGAGGCAGUGAGGAAUUCUGGAAAAGGAGUCUGCUGGAAAUCCUGCAUGGGGACACGCUCCCUUCAGAUGCACAGCGCCAGCGCUUCAGGCAGUUCCGCUACCAGGAGGUUGAGGGGCCCCGACAGGUUUGCAGCCGAUUCCACCAUCUUUGCCACCAGUGGCUCAAACCAGAGCAGCACAAAAAAAACCAGAUCAUGGACUUUGUGAUCCUGGAGCAGUUUCUGACCAUCCUGCCCCCGGAGAUGAAGAGCUGGGUGAGGGAAUGUGGAGCAGAGACGAGUUCCCAGGCGGUGGCCUUGGCAGAAGGUUUCCUCCUGAGCCAGGCAGAGGCCAAGAAGCAGGAAGAACAGCAGGUGCAGGGGCAGCUCGCAAAAGCAUUUGCUGCUGAUUCCGAGGCAGAGAAGGCUCUAUUAGAUGAUGCCAGACGGAAGCUGCUUCAUGGGGGGACCUCCCAGGAGGAUCAUGCAGAUGCCACCUCACUGGUUCAUGGAACACCACUGGAGGGGUCGACAAGGUUGUGGCUCCCGUGUAUUGAUGGAAAAAGAGAUUCUACACAAGCAGAUCAGGGUGCCGUGUCCUUUGAGGAGGUGGCUGUGCGUUUCACUGAGGAGGAGUGGGCCCUUCUGCAGGCAGACCAAAGAGCCCUGCACAGAGCAGUCAUGGAGGAGAAUAGGCAGAAUGUGGCCUCUCUGGCAGGUGAUGGGUGGAAAAGCAAGUCUGAAGGAGAAGUAUGUGAAUCACGAGUAAAAAGGGCAAGAUGUAAAAAGGAAGGACAACAGAGAAAAGCAACAAAAGGAAACCAGGAAAGCAAGACUGAAUCUAGUCCUGUUCAUGCUGGUGACUGCCAAGAAACACCAAUCCCAGAAGAAAUAGAGAAGGGAAAGCAGGGGAAGCCCCUCCCAUGUGAGAAAAGCAUUUGUUAUAAAUCAUGGCUUAAAUGUCAUUGGAGAAUGGAGGGAGAGGAGGAGCCCUUUAAGUGCUUGGAUUGUAGAAAGAGCUUCAGUCAGAACUCACAGCUUAUUAAACAUCAAAGAAUUCACACUGGUGAGAAACUGUUUAAAUGUUUAGAGUGCGGAAGGAGCUUCAAUCUGAGUAUAAAUCUUAAGAAACACCAAGGAAUUCACACAGGAGAGAAGUCAUUUAGAUGCUUGGAGUGUGGACAGAGCUUCAGUCAGAGCUCAUAUCUUAGAAAACAUCAAAAAAUUCACACAGGAGAGAAACCAUUUAAAUGCUUGGAGUGUGGAAAGAGCUUCAGUCAGAGCUCAUAUCUUAGAGAACAUCAAAGAAUCCACACAGGAGAGAAACCAUUUAAAUGCUUGGUGUGUGAAAAGAGCUUCAAUUCGAGCUCAUAUCUUAAGAAACACCAAGGAAUUCACACAGGAGCGAAACCCUUUAGAUGCUUGGAGUGUGGAAAGAGCUUCAACCAGAGCUCAGCUCUAAAGAGGCAUCAAAUAAUUCACACAGGAGAGAAACCAUUUAGAUGCUUGGAGUGUGGAAAGAGCUUCAAUCAGAGUAUAAAUCUUAAAAAACACCAAGGAAUUCACACAGGAGAGAAAUCAUUUAGAUGCUUGGAGUGUGAAAAGAGCUUCAACCGGAGCUCAGCUCUAAAGAGGCAUCAAAUAAUUCACACAGGAGAGAAACCAUUUAGAUGCCUGGAGUGUGGAAAGAGCUUCAAUCAGAGUAUAAAUCUUAAGAAACACCAACGAAUUCACACAGGAGAGAAACCGUUUAGAUGCUUGGAGUGUGGAAAGAGCUUCAAUCAGAGUAUAAAUCUUAAGAAACACCAAGGAAUUCACACAGGAGAGAAACCAUUUAAAUGCUUUGAGUGUGGAAAGAGCUUCAGUCAGAGCUCAUAUCUUAGAGAACAUCAAAGAAUCCACACAGGAGAGAAGCCAUUUAAAUGCUUGGAGUGUGGAAAGAGCUUCAAUUUGAGCUCAUAUCUUAAGAAACACCAAGGAAUUCACACAGGCGAGAAACCAUUUAAAUGCUUGGAGUGUGGAAAGCGCUUCAGUCGGAAUUCAGAUCUCAAGCAGCAUCUAAGAAUUCACACUGGAGAGAAACCAUUUAGAUGCUUUGAGUGUGGAAAGAGCUUCAGUCAUAGUUCCAAUUUCUCAAAACAUCAAAGAAUUCACACUGGGGAGAAACUGUUUAAAUGUUUGGAGUGUGGAAAGAGCUUCAAUUGGGACUCAUCUCUAAGGAGACAUCAAAUAAUUCACACAGGAAAUAAACCGUGUAGAUGCUUAGAGUGUGGAAAGAGCUUCAGUCAGAAUUCACACCUUAUUAAACAUCAAAAAAUUCACACAGCAGAGAAACCAUUUAGAUGUUUGGAAUGUGGAAAGAGCUUCAAUCAGAGUAUAGAUCUCAAGAAACACCAAAGAAUUCACACAGGGGAGAAACCAUUUAGAUGCUUGGAGUGUGGAAAGAGCUUCAGUCAGAACUCACAUCUUAGAGAACAUCAAAGAAUCCACACUGGAGAGAAACCAUUUAGAUGCUUGGAGUGUGGAAAGAGCUUCAAUUCGAGCUCAAAUCUUAAGAAACACCAAGGAAUUCACACAGGAGAGAAACCAUUUAGAUGCUUGGAGUGUGGAAAGAGCUUCAAUCAGAGCUCACAUCUUAGAGAACAUAAAAAAGUUCACACAGGAGAGAAACCAUUUAGAUGCUUGGAAUGUGGAAAGAGCUUUAGUCAGAGCUCACAUCUUAGAGAACAUCAAAUAAUUCACACUGGGGAGAAACCAUUUAAAUGCUUGGAGUGUGGAAAGAGCUUCACUCAGAGCUCAUAUCUUAAAAGACACCAAAGAAUGCACACGGGAGAAAAACCGUUUAGAUGCUUGGAGUGUGGAAAGAGCUUCAGUCGGAGCUCACAUCUUAGAGAACACCAAGAAAAUCACACUGGAAAGAAACCAUUUAAAUGCUUGGAGUGUGAAAAGAGCUUCAGUCAGUGCUCAUAUCUUAAGAGACACCAAAGAAUUCACACGGGAGAAAAACCAUUUAAAUGUCUGGAGUGUAGAAAGAGCUUCAGUCAAAGCUCCAAUCUCUCAAAACAUGAAAGAAUUCACUGGAGUAAUUUUCAAUGACAAACAAUGAAUCCACUCUCAUUUGCUACCAGAGAAACUACACUCAGAACACCUCAGAAACAACAACAUUCAGUUCCCCAUGGGCUUCUGGUUAUGGGGGUGGUUGGCACCCUACGUGAACUACACCACCACUCACUCUGGGCCACCCCGGUGCCCCCCAAGUGGAGUUAUGGGGCUGCUCAAACCCCCAUCAUUCCCUAUGGGAAAAAGCUUAAAGACACACAAACUUGAGAAAUUCUUUAAAAACCAGGCCUUUGUCCAAUUCCUUUUGGAAUCUGGGUGGUAACAGGCACCCAUUGGAGCACUACCACUCAACCCACUCUUCUGCCCUGAAUCUGCCCCAAAGACGCACAAACUUCACAAAUUCUUUAAAAAUCAGCACUUGUCCCAAUUCCUUUCAAAUCUUGGUGGUAGAAGGCACCCAUUGGGGCACUACUACCCAACUCACUCUGGCAUUCCUAGGAGGCACCCACAGGCAGAAAUGGGCACUGUCUGUCCCCAUUGUCCUAUAGGGUGGAUGCAGCACAGAUCAUCAUCAUCAACAACAACAGAGUUUUCAAAGAGCAAGGUUUCCAAAGUUCACGCACAUCCACUAUGUCACUCACCACGUCCACUGUGUCCCACCAUCUCCCCCCCAGAAAUGCAAUUGAUCUACACACAAUUCAGGGCAACAGCAGAAGCCAGCAACAAGCAAGCAAGUGUGAUAUCACAGAGGUAGCAGACUGGGGCCAACAACAGCAUCAAAUGUACCUGGCCCUCCCUCCCCCAAGCAUUUUUCAUCCACAGACACAGCUACACACAUGGACAAAUUUGUUGGCACCCUUACAGCUCAUUGAAAAAGUGUUUUAUGCCUCCUGAAAAGUGAUUGAAUGAAAAGCAAUUGUCCCAUGUAUACCUGCAUGCCUUUGAUAUGUCAUUGAGUAAAGCAAAGCAAGUGUGGAAGGAGAUAAAAGUAUUGCUUAUUCUACAAAGAUAUUCUAAAGUGACCUGGACACAUUUGUUGGUACCCCUAGAAAAGAUCAUAAAUAAUUGGAUUAGAGUGAUUUUUCAAAUUAGCUGUUUUCUUUCAUGAGUAUCACACAUGUCUCCAAUUAUGCGAUCAGUCAUUCAGCCUAUUUAAAUAAAAGUAGUCACUCUGCUCUUUGGUAUCAUUGUGUGUCCCACAAUGAACAUGGACCAGAGAAAGCAAAGGAGAGAGUUGUCUGAGGAGAUCAGAAAGAAAAUUAUAGACAAGCAUGUUAAAGGCAAAGGCUAUAAGACCAUCUCCAAGCAGUUUGAUGUUCCUGUGACAACAGUUGCUUGCAAAUAUGAUUAAGAACGUCAAGCUCCAUGGGACUGUAGCCAGCCUCCCUGGAUGCAGCCGCAAGAGGAAAACCGACCCCAGAAUGGGCAGAAGGAUAGUGAGAAUGGUAGACAAAAAGUCAAGGACAACUUGCAAAGAGAUACAAGCUGAGCUCCAAGGUCAAGGUCCAUCAGUGUCUGAUCGCACCAUCUGUCGCUUUUUGAGUGACAGUGGGCUCAAUGGAAGAAGACCCAGGAGGACUACCCCGUUGAAAGAAAAACAUAAAAAAGCCAGACUGGAAUGUGCUAAAACGCAUAUUGACAAGCCACAAUGCUUCUGGGAGAAUUUCCUUUGGACAGAUUUUUAAAGGAAAAAUAAAUACAUAUAAAUAGACCUAGUCAGGGAUCACUGCCACAAGCACAAUACAUGUGAUGAGGUCAUCCAUGGCCACGGUAGCAUGCAAGACCCAGGAAUUCUGAGCACUUGUCUGCCCAUGUCCAUCACUUCAGGCAGCAAAAGGUUUGGAAGUGCCCUGACCACAAACACACACAAACUGCUUGUGCCCAUUGCAGAUCCGAAACUACACUACAACCUAUCAGUCAAUAUCUUUGUUACGGUCCUUGACCAGAUUUCAGCAUUAUAGUACAAAGCUAACAUUCAAUGCAGUUGGUGCAGCCUGUCAGAUAUCACAGUAGAGGAAGUUUGCCCCAAUCGGGGACGUAUCCUUAUCUAACUGAUUGAGGGGGCCUUCACCAUUGCUUGAUGAAUCUUGUAUGCAAUGGCACAAAAUUGAGCAACCAAGAGGUAACAAAUACAGUCUUAUCUGCAAGGAGGGAGGUGACAUUAAAAACCCAUUGGUCUUCCCUGUAAGUUCUCUAAAAGGGGUAAAAUCAAGUUACUUUGUGGAAUGCUGUAAAAUUCACAAUGAAGUAAAAUAUGAGCCAAAUUUUCAGCCCCAUAUGAUCCACAAGAACACUUGUGCAGGUGAGAGGGUAUCUUUUUAUAUCUCCCCUCCAAGCAAGCUGAUGGAAAAACAUUAUAAUGAGCUAAGGUGAAAGCUCUCCGAUGGGUUGGACGUGUCACAUGAUAAAAAUAACUCGCCGGAGCUACAAUUGAGGAGACCUACCAAUUCCUAAUAGAGUUAGGGAAUUUGCUUCUCUCUUCUUGUGUUUCAUCAAGAUCUAGAAGACAUUCUAGAAUUCUAUUGGCUUGAUCAAACUCCACAGCAAUGAAAGGUUCAGAAAAGAGUCUGACUGUCUAAAGUUUUCCCAUUAACUUGGAUCACCACUUAGAGUGGGCCUGAUCCUCCAGAACUAGGGGGACCACCCAUCCACAUGGUUGAAAUGUUAGCUUUAGCCAGUACUUAAGGACUGCCAACCACACUCUGGUCUCCACCUUAUUCACCCCAGCCUGCAGCCUUAAGGCUGAGUUGGAUAUGCCUUUUGGCCUUUGAAGAACUGUUCUUAGAAGUUUAGUUUGGACAACCUCUGCAGGUGCAAAGAAGUCCAAAUACGGGCCCAACUGAGCUCCAAAGAGCAGCUGGGCUAUGGGCUUGGCUGGAAACCGCUUAAUAGCUGCUGGGAUAAAUUGCCCCUUUUUGGAGCGACAGAACCCUGAGAUCAUACGGUAGUAGCACUUUGCUGCGCUGGUUGUAUUCUAUAUUCUAAGUGCUUUCCUCCCCUUCCCCGCAUUGUGUGAAACAUCACCCCUAGGUACUGAGCAUCAAGAUCACUUGAUCUGUUCAAUCAUGUUGCCAUUAAUUCCACAUCUGUGAGAGGUCUCUUGGCAAAGAAUGUUACUUUAAUUUUUGUUGUAAUUAAUUAGCAAACGGUCUAAACAGAACAGGGAGCCACACGUGUAGGGACUGUCCCACAGGGAAGUAGGGAAAAUUCCCGGUGUGCCCCUCGCCUGUGCGCCCUGCUGCCGUCCAAGUGUGAGCAAACCUCCCCCCCAGCCUGAACCCCCUCCCACCUCUGGCCGGUGGCCAGCGCCUGCCUCUCUCUUGCAAGGCAGGGAAUCUCUGCAGCCAGCCAGCCAGCCAGUCAGGCUGCUGCUGCUCUCUCUGCCGAAGUCGAUCAAGACAGAUAGACUGGCGGAGGGUGCCGGGAGUGGGCGCUGGGCUUCCCUUCAUUCUCCCUGCUGCGCUCUGCUCAGUCUGCUGAGUCAAGUCAAAACAAUCGUCACUUGCUAACUAUUGCUAGCUCAGCUAUGCUAGUUGGGGACUGGGAGGCAUCUCAGCAGGCAGGCUGCUCUAAACUCUGGAGCCGACUCCGAGAUGGGCACGCGGGCGGGUGCUGCCCUUCCCUUCCCUCGCUGCUGCUUCCGCUGCUGCUGCCGCCAUGGUCCACUCUGCCUCAGGGGCGGAUCCAGGGAGGGUGCAAGGCCAGGGUGCAGUUGCACUCCCUGUGAAUUAAUGUUGAGUUAAUUCUGCUUUCCCUGAUAUCAGGGGCGUAGCUAGGGGAGAGGGGGCCCGUGUUCAUCCCUCUCUCUGGUGGCCCCCCAGAGUGAGGGACAUAAUGAAGACAUUAGGGAGGGAUGGAGCUAGAGGGCCCUCACGAGCUGGGGGCCCGUGUUCUUUGAACCCUUUCGCUCCAUUAUGGCUACGCCCCUGCCUGAUAGAUAGAUUUAUUUCCUUUUACAUGUAUAGCCUGUGCUUCCUCCAAGAAACCCAGAGUGCUGCACAUGGGUUCCUGAGCCUUUCUGGAAGGGUGGUAUAAAAAUUGACUAAAUAAAAAAUAAAAAAUAAAAUGGUUAAUUUAUACCCCCCAAAGCCCGAUGACAAAGGUUCUGCUGAGAGAUAAAUGACUGUCCCAGAGUCACCCAGUGAGUUUAUGGCUGAAUGGGGGUUUGAACUCGGGUCUCCUCAGUCUUAGCCCAAUGCUCUAACCCCUACAUCACACUGGCUCUUGGCUCUGCACCACAUAUGACAUCAGUUUUCCAAAAGAAGUGUGUUAAGCUGUUGGAAAGGAUUCCGGGGUCUUCCUAGGACCUUUCAGCAUAGCAUUUACGCUUCUUAAAUUUAAAUUGUUAUUUGGCUACCUCUGGAAAUAUACAAUCUCUGUGUCCACUGUAUCUCCCCUGUUCCAUUUCAUGUGAAAAUUCGUGCUUCCUGUACAGGAUUGUUUUAGGUAUUAUUACAGCAGUGAUACGUUUAAA